AUGAGUGGCCGCAAAGUAAACAUUGCAGAGUACUUGUUCACUCGACUCCGCCAGCUCGGAGUCAAAGAUCUUCAUGGUGUACCUGGUGACUUCAACCUUGUCGCGCUUGAUUAUGUUGAACCCUGCGGUGUGAAUUGGGUCGGUAAUUGCAAUGAGCUGAAUGCAGGCUAUGCGGCCGAUGCGUACGGCCGACUGAUGGGCAUGGGAGCGUUGGUAACAACUUUUGGAGUCGGCGAGCUGUCAUGUCUGAAUGCCAUUGCUGGCUCAUAUGCCGAGUUCUGUCCAGUGGUUCAUAUCGUUGGUACGCCAAAGAGAGCGGCACAGAAGAGUGGAAUGCUCCUCCAUCACACUCUCGGCAAUGGCGACUUUGACGUCUUUGCCAAAAUGUCGCAACCAAUUUCGAUCGCCCAGACGAACCUGAUGGACCCAGCGACAGCUCCAGCCGAGAUCGAUCGCGUACUUCAAGCAUGCUACGCCAACAGUCGACCAGUCUACAUUCAGCUCCCAGCAGACAUGGUCUUAGAAGAGGUGGACGCAAAGUUGUUGGAUACCCCCAUCGUCGUUGAGCCUCCGCCAAGUGACCGCCAGACGGAGGAAUUGGCAGCAGAGCUCAUCUUGAGGAAGCUCUAUGCUGCUAAGAGACCGACACUUCUGCUUGACGCUGGUUGCCAACGUCAUCGAGUCGAAGAUUUGACAGAGGAAUUCGCUCGGAAAACUGGGCUGCCGACCUUCAUCACUCCCAUGGGUAAAGGUACGGCCAACGAGCAGUCGCCCUUGUUUGGCGGUAUCUACAUUGGCAAACGCUCAGAGGAGAGUGUCCGAAGGAGAAUUGAGGAGAGCGACAUGGUCAUCACUAUCGGCAACGUCAAGUCAGACGUCAACAGUUUUGGCUUCUCUUACCAGAUCAGUCGCCUUUCUUCCGUCGACUUGCACUUUGACCACGUUGUCAUGGACUGCGCCAAAUUUGAAAACUGCUACAUGAAGUGGCUGCUACAACGCCUUGUCAACGAAGUUGAUCCGUCCAAGAUGCACAUGGACAAAGUCGAGACGCCUCUACUCAAAAGCACGCGACUCACCAAAGGUGAAGUAGCGAAAACUCAGGACAUCACACAUGAUUGGUUGUGGCCGCGCAUCUCGUCUUGGCUGAAAUCAGGUGAUGUUGUGAUCACAGAGACAGGUACAUCCUUCAUUGGUAUCUGGGAGACCAGAUUCCCACCAGGCGUGCAAGCUAUCAAUCAGACUCUCUGGUCUUCCAUAGGUUAUGGCCUCGGUGCAGCGCAAGGUGCAGCUCGCGCGAUGAAGACAUUAGGUGGUGGUCGAAGGACUAUUUGCUUUGAAGGCGAUGGAUCAUUCCAACUCACAGCUCAGGAAGUGUCGACGAUCAUCAGAGAAGACUUGGAUUGCACCAUCUUCCUGAUCGAGAACGACGGCUACGAAAUCGAGCGCUGGGUGCAUGGCAUGCAGGCCAAAUACAACGACAUCAGCAAAUGGCGAUACAGCAAGAUCGCAGAAGUUUUCACCCCCGAGGAGACCGCUUCCCAGCAUCGCGUCAAAUCGUAUAAGAUCGGCACUCGCCCAGAGCUUGAGCAGCUGCUGGCAGACGAAGACUUUUCGGCCGGAAAGGGCUUGCAUUUCGUCGAGUUGCAUAUGCCAAAAUACACCGCACCUCAAACGCUGAUCGACUUUGCUCAAAAUUUGUCCAAGAAGUCGGAUUAG